AUGCAAUGUUUCGGUUUACAGUUACGCGACUAUGAGCCUAGAUUCCGACCGAAUGUGGUUAAGCAGUUGCUGCGGGAAACUAUGAUCGCAGCAGUUGCAACCGUCAGUGAGAACUGUUUAAAAGGGGAACAGCUAUCAGAAAUGUCCAGGACUCUUGCAGAAGAAAUACGAAGAAAACUUACAGAGCUGGAUUACGAAAAAUACAAGUUCGUCGUACAAGCAUUGGUUGGUGAACGAAGAGGACAGGGAAUAAAGUACUGUAUAUAA